AUGAGCCAGAUCCUUACAAACAGGCAGGCCGAAGAGCUGCACAAAUCCAUCGUCGCAUAUCUUGCUUCCGUUGGCCUUUCAAAUAGCGCAGCUUCCUUGAAGGAAGAGUCAAACCUCGGACCGCAGUUUGACGAAGCCACGGCGAAGAAGUACGAAGGACUCUUGGAAAAGAAAUGGACUUCGGUGGUGAGGUUGCAGAAGAAAAUCAUGGACCUGGAGGCCAGAAACACUGCUCUACAACACGAGAUAGAUACCGCCACGCCCCUCUCUUCGAAUCGAAAGGUCGAUCCGGCCACGUGGCUGCCUCGGUCUCCAGCAAGGCAUACAUUGCAGGGACAUCGUCUUCCUGUGACCGCGGUCGCAUUCCAUCCAAUUUACUCAUCACUGGCUUCGGCAUCAGAAGACACUACGAUCAAGAUUUGGGAUUGGGAGUUAGGUGAACUAGAGAGGACUGUCAAAGGUCAUACGAAGCCAGUCCUUGAUGUUGACUUUGGCGGGCCUCGGGGAGGUACGUUACUUGCUAGCUGCAGCAGCGAUCUUACCAUCAAACUCUGGGAUCCAAGUGAUGAGUACAAGAAUAUUCGCACGCUCCCGGGUCAUGAUCACUCGAUCUCAUCUCUUCGAUUUAUACCAUCAGGCGCUGCUGGUAGCCCACUAUCCGGCAAUUUACUUGUUUCUGCCUCACGAGAUAAAACCUUGCGCAUCUGGGAUGUUACCACUGGCUAUUGCCUGAAAACCUUGAAAGGUCACACGGAUUGGGUUCGUGCAGUCACACCCUCUAUCGAUGGACGGUGGCUUCUUACUGCCGGUAAUGAUCAGGUUCCUCGACUCUGGGAUGCCAGCUCCGGUGAAGCGAAGACAACCUUUCUGGGUCACGAACACGUUAUUGAGUGCGUCGCCUUUGCUCCGGGCACAUCCUAUCACCAUCUGGCAGCUAUCGCAGGGUAUAAAAAGCCACCUCCAGCCAGCAGUAGUGGGGAGUUUCUCGCAACCGGCAGCAGAGACAAGAUUAUCAAGAUCUGGGACAACCGAGGUACAUUGGUCAAGAACCUGAUAGGCCAUGACAAUUGGAUCCGUGGGCUUGUCUUCCACCCAACCGGCAAAUAUCUACUUUCGGUAUCCGAUGACAAGACGAUCCGUUGCUGGGAUCUAUCGCAAGAGUGCAAGUGUGUCAAGACAGUCGAUGAUAGUCAUGGUCAUUUUGUGAGCAGUAUCCGAUGGGCACCUGAUGUUCCAGUCCAGGCACAUACGAAUGGAGAGACCAAUGGCCUUGUCAAUGGCCUCGUGAAUGGAAAUGUGAAAAAGAAAGAUGACAGCAUUGGGAAGAUUAGGUGCGUCAUCGCAACUGGAAGCGUGGAUUUAAAUGUGCGUAUCUUCGCCGGCUGA